AUGAUUUUCUCGAGAAAACAUGUUAGCGUUAUUGUUUUGUUACUGAUUGUGUUUUUGGCAAUCACAUGGAACCUUACCCUAGUUUCAGCCUCUUCAGGAGGUGUCAUGGGAGGGAGUUUCUUCGAUUCAGAUUCUUCCUCCUCUGAAUCAUACACAACUGAAUCGGAUUCUGAAUACGAGGAAGAUGGUGGAAGAGGACCCAUGGUGUUCUUCAUGAUCUUCGUGUUCGGUGUUUUUUUGGUUGGAUUUUGCAGUAAUAAAGAUGCUAAUGGGAAUACAAUUAGCGUGUUCAAGCUUCAGGUUGGAAUGUCGGGUGAGGCGGGAUGCUCAAUACAAAGGGAUCUAACUAGGAUUGCACAAGCUGCUAAUACAUCAUCUAGGGAAGGUGUCAGCUAUUUAUUGAAAGAUACGAUACAAACUUUGGAUCAACAUCAUGGUUACUUUACUGCAGGAUAUUCAUCUGUGGAACAUAAACAAAGCAAGGAGGACGGAGAAAAAUGCUACAACCAACUAUCAAAUGAAGAAAGAUCAAAGUUUGAUGAAGAGACAUUAGUUAACGUGAACAACAACAAUAUGACAAUUAGAAGAAGCCGGAGUUAUGAUGAAUACGCCAUGUUGGAUUCUGAAGAAACAGAGAAAUUUGAAAAAGAGAAACUUCUCAGUGGGCCGGACAACAAGUACAUAGUGGUAACAGUAUUGGUAGCUGCUAAAGGUGCACAUAAGUUACCUAACAUCAAUAGAGCUGAAGAUUUAAAGGAAGUUUUACAAAAGCUUAAAUCCCUUAUAUCAAGCAAAUAUUUAUUUGCUGGUGAGGUGUUAUGGACUCCACAGGAAGAGGAUGACACCCUUUCUGAUCGACAACUACUUAAAGAUUACCCUCAGUUGGCUAAGUCUAUGAAUAUCUUUCUGGUUAAGAAACAUGAAUAG